UCAAAAAAGAUGUUUUCUUACUGUCUGGCUCUUGCCGCUGUAAUUUUUGUUUGCCACGGCGCAACAUCCAUCACCGAAUGUCCAAGAGGUAAUUUGCCUGUUGAAGUACAAAUUGACAACUGCACAGAACCACCAUGUUACGUCAAUUGCAAUGGGGACAUACAUAUGACAAUGAAGUUUACAACUCCUUUGUAUUUGGAAACGGUAACACCUUACGUGUACGUGUUUAAUUCGGUAAUGGACGUUAAUUUCACAUUAACAACAAACGAGACGAAUGGAUGCAACGGAGUUUUGAACACGUUUUGUCCACUGAUGCCUCAAGAGUACAUCGAGUACAAAUACACGGCUCAUCUUCUGUCUUUUCCAUUGAUACCUCUCACGUUAUCCUUUAAUAUUUUAUCCGGGGAAGAAGUUGCAGUUUGCUUUAAUGCCAAUAUCGUACCUGUCGUGAUGUUUGGGUAACUGUGGUUACUAAUGGUUUAUUACUUAAUUAGGUUUUGUAUUUAUGUUAUUUAUAUUGUUAAUUUAUGUAUUAUUUUGUAUGAUUUUUUUAAUAAAAAUGGGAAUCUCAAU